UGCUGCAACUUCUAUGUAAUCAAGUUUCCAGGUUCUUCCUUUCAACUUUUAUUUUUCUCUCUUAUUUCUUUAUUGUGUAUGUGUAUAUAUAUAGAUACCCAUUUCCCAGUAAGUGGAAGAGAAGCUCCAUUUGUGUAUUUUUGAGAGAUGGAACUCAAUGAGCAGGGUUUCUUAGAGGAGCUAUUAGCUCUAAGAAGAGAGACUUGGGAGAGUCUCCCUGUUACAGGAACGAACGAGUUGUACACUAAUGGGUGGAGCUUAGAUUGUUUCAAUGAGAACCCAGGUGUGAUGGCAGGUUCUAAUUCUUCUCCAUACGGUGGACUAGCCAUGUCCAUGGAACCAGUCUUCGAUUCUUCUUUUAAUGAAGCUUACUACCCAUAUGGAGAAGGAUUCCCGCAGAUGUUUCAAGAUAUGGAUUUAUCAUCUUAUGAUAAUCAAGAGUAUGAUACAAUGCCAUUCCAGGCCAGCCAGGAAGAAUGCCCUUCAGCGCUUAUGGAGGAUGAAGAGCAGCCACUUCCCGAAUUGGAGGAGCUUCAGACCAGUUGCAAGGUGGAGCUGCCAGUCCAGGCUAGUGAUGUUCCUGUCUUCAAUAACAUGGGCUUCUGUGUAGAGAGAAAGAAUCGAGCCAAGAAGGUGGAGGGUCAGCCUUCCAAGAAUCUAAUGGCCGAGAGGAGGAGAAGGAAACGAUUGAACGAUCGUCUUUCCAUGCUCAGAUCAGUCGUUCCCAAAAUAAGCAAGAUGGACAGAACAUCAAUACUUGGAGAUACCAUCGAUUACAUGAAAGAACUCCUGGAGAGGAUUAAGGGUUUACAAGGGGAAAUCGAGGAUGGCUCAACUCAGUUGAACCUGAUGGAGACCUUAAAGGAGAUAAAAUCAAACGAAGUCCUCGUUAGGAACACACCAAAGUUUGAUGUUCAAAGGAGGAAUGACGAUACCAGACUCGAGAUUUGCUGCGCCGGGAAGCCUGGGUUGUUGCUAUCGACUGUGACCACCUUAGAAACACUUGGCCUCGAGAUUCAACAAUGUGUCAUUAGCUGUUUCAAUGAUUUUGCCAUGAAUGCUUCGUGCUCUGAGGAAAUGGAGCAGAGAGCAAUAAUAAGUUCUGAGGACAUAAAGCAAGCAUUGUUCAGAAAUGCAGGUUAUGGAGGAAGGUGCCCAUAGAAAUCAAAUUCAAGGAAAAAUAAUUUGCCCAUUGCAGGAAGAAGCUCGACUAUCCAAAGUCCCAAAGAGAUGGUUUUUGGAAUCUCUGGAUUUUUCUUCCUUCCCCACCAAGGGAACAAGGGCUAUCCCCUUCUUUUUUUUCUCCAAAUUUCCACCCCUUCUUUUUACAAAUUUCAAGUGAGAGGAUGUGUAGUGAAUUUGGCUAUUCAAACAAGUGGUUGAUAUUCAUCCCAUUGGUGAUUUUUAUUGAUGUAUGGGUAAUGGCUUUUUUCUUGCUCUAGCCACCCAAUAAAACAAAUUUUUCAUGGAAAAAA